AAGUGCCACAUAAUUGUUCGCAUGAAUAAAAGGUUCUACAUCAAGUCGAAUUUAAACCAGUUUCUAUUAAUUCGUGCAACAUUAACAACUAAACUGGAAUAGCAAUGUUGAAUAAGAUAAUACCUUUUUUGGCGAUUCUAUCAGGAUGUACCUAUGUGCAUUCAUGUACACUCAAUAUUGGCGGACCCUCGCCCUUAUUUACAAAGGAUUUUGGAUCUAAAACUAUAGUUUUCAAAGCACAUGGAAACAUAUUGGUAUUUGAAAACGGUGAAACUAUUCAGGCUUACUGUGCCAACGGAAUAAUUGUGGAGAGGGAUUACUAUGGUAAUCUUUCCCCAAAAGAACGUACGGCAACGUUCUUAUGUGAAGGGACUUCAAUUCGGGUUUCAGGAAGUGUCCAAAGUAAUUUAAAAGUUUUUUGCUCACCUGAGCCAACUCUAAGUCUUUACGAAAGCAGCAGAGAAUUACAAAAAUGUGCAUCUUUUAUGAGCUAUGCACUUGGUGUUAAGCUUCCAGCCGUUGGUGAUAUCACCAAGGCUGCCGUCUGUUAUGACCUGGAAAGGUUAACAUUGAAAUUCGUCACCUAUAUUGCGGACCAUAAAAAAGUUUUGAUAACAAAUAAGCUAAAAACUGUGAGCGAAUUGCCUGUGAAUUUGGCUGAAAAAGUCAAUGGCUUGAAAAACUAUUUCAAUUUCAUAGAUCAAAAAUCGUUGGAAAUCUCACAAGAACUUGAGAAGUUCCCCUUCAAUUCAAAUGAAUUUCAUUUCUCGAGCUUAUUGCAAAGCGAACCACUGAAUGAUGAACUCAAAGACUAUGCCUAUCUCUUCAACACAAUGUGGUGGCGCCAAUUGCGUCAGGAGAACUGGCGCUACUUCCUCGAUGCACUGCGCGAACGCACGCUGUCUGCCAAAUAUCAAGUUUUUAUGGGCACCUAUGGUAAUAUCACCAUUCCUUCGACGCAACCCAAUUGUAGUUCAACCAAAAGCGAAGUGGUGUCCGUACAUAAUGAGGACAUGGUCGUCCAAGCACCUGGCUACAUAUGGGCCUACUUGAAGUCUCUUAUACCCGGGGAAUCGGAAGAAUUUGUGGUCAUCGGACACAAUUCCCCCUACGCAAGGAAUCCGUCGCACACUGAAUUCUGUACAGUCGACAUAUGCGAUAACAUUGCUUGGUUAAGGGAAAGCAAUUUCGGGAACUUACGCCGACUGCCUUCACUUGGCUAUACUUUUUGCUGCCGUCCCGAGGAUGUAGCCAAGGUUAUUGAUUAUUUUCCCUUAUACGACGAUGAUGAUGAUGAUAUUGAACAACAAGAACCAUAAAGACAAUAUAUGAAAAUAAUUAUAAAUUUGGAAAACCCUUAUGGGUUCCCAACGAAUAAAAAAGGAAUUAAAACGCAUUA